AUGGCUAACCCCAUGCCGACGUCUCCCCAUUCCCCUCGGGCCCAUUCACCAAAUCUGUCUCAUUCGCCUCAAGCGAGCGAGAGUAGCCUGUAUUCUCACAAUGCUCCACGUGAGCACGGAUACGGUUACGAAGAAAAAAACGACCACUCUGAGAGCUCCCAGUCCCUCCUCUACCGGAACCAACCAAGCCCCCUCCAGGCGCCAUACGAUGACCCCUACGCUUCCUCCGAUUCUUUGCGACGCUAUACACUGCAGGAUCCGGGUGUAACAAUUUUCCCCGAUGGACCCUAUCAGGAUCCUACCGCCGCAGCGGGGCUCAAUCGCCGGUCGGGUAUACAGUCUCCCAUGUCAGAGACUCCGUCGGAGGCCUGGCAGCAACGGCAAGCACCUGCAUCGGGCCUGCGCCGUUAUGCGACCCGAAAGAUCAAGCUUGUUCAGGGUUCUGUGCUGAGUGUGGACUAUCCGGUGCCCAGUGCCAUUCAGAAUGCUAUCCAGCGGGAAUACCGGGAAUCAGAGGAAGGGUUCCCAGAAGAAUUCUCCCAUCUGCGCUAUACGGCUGCCACUUGUGAUCCCGAUGAAUUCACCCUGCGCAACGGAUACAAUCUUCGACCAGCCAUGUACAACCGACACACCGAGUUGCUGAUUGCCAUCACCUACUACAACGAAGAUAAGGUCCUCACAGCCCGAACGCUCCAUGGUGUGAUGCAGAACAUCCGGGACAUUGUGAACCUCAAAAAGUCAGAGUUCUGGAACAAGGGUGGCCCGGCCUGGCAGAAGAUUGUGGUCACCUUGGUCUUUGAUGGUAUCGAUCCUUGCGACAAGAAUACUCUGGAUUUGCUAGCCACGGUCGGUAUUUACCAGGACGGUAUCAUGAAGCGAUCCGUUGAUGGAAGAGAGACGGUUGCGCACAUUUUCGAGUAUACCACGCAGCUUUCCGUCACUGCUAGUCAGCAGUUGAUUCGGCCCCAGGGCACCGAGUCAACCAACCUCCCACCAGUCCAGAUGAUCUUUUGCUUGAAGCAGAAGAACAGCAAGAAGAUCAAUUCCCACCGUUGGCUGUUUAACGGCUUUUGCCGUAUCUUGAACCCUGAAGUGGUUAUUCUGAUUGAUGCUGGUACUAAGCCGGGCAAGAAGUCUUUGCUGGCCCUCUGGGAAUCAUUCUACAACGAUAAGAAUCUUGGCGGAUCGUGUGGUGAGAUUCACGCUAUGCUGGGUAAAGGCUGGAAAAACCUGAUGAACCCGCUUGUCGCCGCGCAAAAUUUCGAGUAUAAGAUUUCAAAUAUUCUCGAUAAACCCCUUGAGUCUGCCUUUGGCUAUGUUAGUGUGUUGCCUGGUGCCUUCUCAGCUUACCGUUAUCGUGCAAUUAUGGGCCGGCCCCUUGAGCAGUACUUCCACGGUGACCACACUCUCUCGAAACAGCUUGGUAAGAAGGGUAUCGAGGGUAUGAAUAUCUUCAAGAAGAACAUGUUCCUUGCUGAGGAUCGUAUUCUUUGCUUCGAGUUGGUGGCCAAGGCUGGUUUCAAGUGGCAUUUGACCUAUGUCAAGGCUUCUAAGGGUGAGACUGAUGUCCCCGAGGGUGCUGCGGAAUUCAUCGGUCAGCGUCGUCGCUGGCUGAACGGUUCAUUUGCGGCCAGUCUGUAUGCCAUGAUGCAUUUCGGUCGAAUUUACAAGAGCGGACAUAACAUCCUCCGUCUCGCGUUCCUCCAUCUUCAGAUGUUGUAUAACUUUGCGGGUCUUGUUAUGACCUGGUUUUCUCUUGCGUCUUUCUGGCUGACUACAUCGGUUAUUAUGGAUCUUGUCGGAACCCCGAGUGAUAGCAACAAGAACAAAGGCUGGCCCUUUGGCAAUGAGGCCACGCCGAUUGUGAACAACUUCCUGAAAUAUGGCUAUGUGUUCUUCCUCAUGCUGCAAUUCAUUCUGGCCCUGGGUAACCGACCUAAAGGUUCCCGCCUGGCCUACACCCUUUCGUUCAUCUACUUCAGUAUUGUGCAGUGUUAUAUCCUGGUUUUGUCAUUCUACCUGGUUAAGAAUGCUUUCACCGGAGGUACUCUGGAUUUCGAUAUGAGCCAAGGCAUUAGCAAAUUCUUGUCGUCCUUCUUCAGCUCUGCCGGUGCCGGUAUCGUCUUGAUUGCUUUGGUGUCCACCUAUGGCAUCUACUUCCUCGCUAGUUUCCUGUAUAUGGAUCCUUGGCAUAUGUUCACAUCUUCUUGGGCUUACUUUGCUGGUAUGACGUGCUCGAUCAAUAUCCUGAUGGUGUACGCUUUCUGCAACUGGCAUGAUGUUUCUUGGGGUACCAAGGGAUCGGAUAAGAGUGAGGCACUGCCAGAGGCCCAGACCAAGAAGGAUGAUGCCAAGUCCAACUUCAUCGAGGAAGUGGAUAAGCCGCAGGCCGAUAUCGAUAGCCAAUUCGAGGCGACCGUCAAGCGUGCGCUGGCGCCGUUUGAGGAACCCGAGGAGAAGGACGAGAAGAGCAUGGACGACUCGUACAAGGCCUUCCGUACCAAUUUGGUGCUCCUGUGGAUCUUCAGCAACCUGAUCUUGACGCUUUGCAUCACUAGCGAAGGAAUUGACCGGUUCUGUCUGACAAAUACCUCCACUGUUCGAACGUCCAAUUAUUUCUCGGCCAUUCUUUGGACGACCGCUGGUUUAUCCUGGUUCCGCUUCCUCGGCUCGCUCUACUUCCUGGGCAAGUCCGGCAUCCUUUGCUGCGUGUCCCGACGCUAA